CAAAUAUUUGCAGAUCAAAGGGCGAGUGCUACCUCCAUAUGGUAUCAGCAGAUCUGAACCUAUCAAGGCAGGAGUAAGGUCCCUUUAGGCUGACCAGAAAAGGACCGGCUCAUUUUUGACCUGGAAGCAAAACAUCAUGGUAGCUUCGCUGGUGUCUGUCCUAACCCUGGCCCUGCUGAUCUCUGCGACAGAUUUUGUCUGUGGCCAGGAGAUACAUGCUUCUAAGGACCCCUUACCUGUCGGCAGCAAUGUCACGCUGAGUGUGUCCAACCACACCACAAUCACUGUGGGGCUCUGGCAGAAGAACGGCAAUACUAUUGUACUUAUCUAUCCAGGAGGUUUUAAAAUAAGUGAUGAGUGGAAAGACAGGGCUACAUUUAACCCCAAUUCCUCGGCGUUGACCAUAAGAUCGCUGCAACUAGCAGACUCUGGAUUGUAUGCACUACAGUCAUUGGAACCAGUUUUUCGUUCUCAGAUAACAUUGUCAGUCCAAGAGCCCAUUUCAAAUGUGAGCCUGCGGGCCAACGCAACCAGCCUGGUGGAGUCCAAUGACACGGCAGUUCUCACCUGCUCUGUGGCUCAAGGCUCCUCCCUCUCCUACCAGUGGCUGAACGGCAGCUCUGAGGUCACAGCUGGUGGGGCCAUCCUCAUUAGCGAUGGAGGCAGGACUCUCACUAUAGUCAAUGUGACCCGCUACGACAAGGGACCGUUCAAGUGCAACGUAUCCAAUGACAUCAGCGCCGACGUCAGUCAGCCUGUUUAUCUCAACAUCAGCUAUGGCCCGGUAGAUCCGACAGUGAUGGUCAGCCCUAUGAAGGCUGCCUAUAAAACUGGAUCUGACAUCACACUAAAUUGUUCCGCUGAGUCCAGUCCACCGGCGAAAGUCAGUUGGCUCUUUGAUGGGCAGUACCUCAACCAGUUUGGCUCCCCACUUCAGCUGGAGAGGGUCAAAGAAAACCAGACAGGGAGUUACAAAUGUCUCCUUUACAAUGACGUCACAAACAAGUUCAGCAGCGUCAGCGCAGUGAUCAGGAUUGUGGAACCGAUAUCUGAGGUUGUGGUGAAUGUUAUCGGUGGACUACCAAUACAGGAUAAGUCGUUUACUUUGAGCUGUAAUGCAACUGGGCCUGUGGACUACAUCCGCUGGUGGAUGAAUGGACAAAUCAUCUCUGCCAACAAUGUUACAGUCCUCGACAACACAACCUUGACCCUCAAUGGAAUCCAGCAGUCAGAUAGUGGAGAUUAUCAAUGUGAGGCUUUUAAUGCCGUGAGCAACAAGACCAGUAGUCGAUACAAAGUUCUGGUUAACUAUGGGCCGGAGAAGCCCACUGUUACAGGACCAGACCAAGUAAUAGCGGGACACAGAGCCACUUUCAACUGUUCAGCAUCCUCAUAUCCUCCCAGUGUCUACAGCUGGUUCUUUGAUGGUUUCCUGUUGGCCAAUACUCCAGAGUAUGUAACAAGACCUCUUUACUCAAAUAUGAGUGGGAAGUAUAUCUGCAUGGCCUACAACAACAUCACUGGCCGUAACAGCUCAGCCUACAAGAUGCUCACUGUAGUUGAACCAAUAGUAAAUGUACAGGUAGAAGUGGCUUUGAAACCCGCCAUAGACGGUCACUCUUACAUGCUUCACUGUAACGUGACCGGAACUGCUGACUAUGUUUACUGGAUGAAAGAUGGCGGGCUGCUCCACGUCAACAAAAGAAUCGCCCUGUCUUGGGAUAACAAGACGGUCACCUUCAACCCAGUGGAAAAUACUGAUAGCGGAGACUACCAGUGCAUGGCUGUUAAUAUUGCGAGCAACAUGACCAGCCACUCCUACAAUCUUCUUGUUAACUUUGGACCAGAGGGCGCGCACGUGUUUGGACCAUCUGUCGCUGAGACAGGAACGCAUGCGAACUUCAGCUGCGUUGCCCCCUCUGUUCCUCCCAGUUACAUCAGCUGGUUCUUCAACGAGACCAUAGUGGCCAAUACCUCAAUGUUCAUAACGGACGCUCUGGCCCUAAACAUGAGCGGAGUAUACACCUGCAUGGCCUAUAAUAACGUGACGCAGAAAAACAGCACAAACACCACGACACUCACAGUCAUCGAGGCCAUAGAGUCGGUGAUGGUCAAACCCAACUCAAUUCCAAUAGAUUCCAAAAACCUGACUCUGGCCUGUGAGGUUACCGGGCCCUAUCACUCUGUCUACUGGAUGAAAAACAACACGAAGCUUGACUUGAACUGCUCCACCCCCGACUCAAACAUGUGGCACAACUUUGGAAGCAACUUGCUACACUUCAGUCCAGUGACAGUUCAUGACAAUGGGAACUAUCAGUGUGUUGCUACCAACCUCGUCGGUCCUCAUAAAAGCCCCGAGUACAAGCUGCUGGUGAACUAUGGUCCGGUGACUAUGAGUAUCGUUGGACCUCAUUCGGUGGCGCUGGGCUCUGCGGUCACUGUAUCGCUGAAUUGCUCUGCUGACUCUCAGCCGACUAGCAACUACCAGUGGUUCUUCAACUACAAGCCAUCCGUGAUAGAAAACGGGCCGGUUGUGACUAUAAAGGUCUCUAAACAGAACAUGGGGAACUACACAUGCGAGGCCACCAAUCCCUUGACCAAACACACAAUGACCCAAACCAGCGCACUCAUUAUCACAGGCUAUGCAUCUGCCCUCCCAGUCCAGACGCGAGGUGGUUUAAUGCUGAUUGCUCUACUUGCCCUGUUCUUCCCUGUGGUCAGCUCUUGCUCCCUCUACUGACUUUCUCAGUGAUCUAAAUAAAGGGGUAGGUAUACUGAGUGCAGUUACAUACUCUGUUUUUGCUAGGACAUAGCUAAUUAUCAGCGCUUAUUGGUUGCUAUGAAGGAAACCUAGAAUGGAUGGCCAACCUUUGGGAUGGCCAAAUUUAAGUGGAGCUUUUUUUUUCUGUAUAAAUUAUUUCAUGAUCACCACGUUGCGUUUUACCAGAUUUAUCUUUAAGAUGCAGCACAGCGCAUUAGUUUCCUGCCUGAAAGUACAAAGGAAACAAAAAAAUUCUUCUAAUGAUUGCACUGAGAAUUUUCUAUGCAUUCCUUUAUUCAAUCUUAUUAUUGUUGUUAUUGUUGUUGUGUUUGUUAUACCUUUGAGUCCAUUUUGUAAAGUAUUGUGUGUUGUUUCUUUAAUUUUACCGGUGAAAUGACGUAAAUAAAUUCUGAGAAUACCUUAGUACCUCAA